ACAGUAAUAAGCUUACUUUACAUUUUCUGAGUCACUCAUAACUUUUUGAAAAUGAACUUUAUUGUCAUUUCUCGUAAAUUACCACAAUAUCUUUUUUUUGUACUGAACUCAAAAUCAAAAUUAAUUUGUAAACAGUCUUAUAAAAUUCCUCACCUGAUUAAAAGGGAAAAAAUAGUUUUAAAAUUUUUGGCAAUAAUUUUGUGGCCUUAUCAGCAUCUCUCCAUAGCUUAGCCCCUCCUGUUGUCGCUUACUUUCCCAGUUACUAUCGAUCGUGUUGAAGUAAGCGAGCGAAACUCGCACUUUUUCGUUGGUUUAAGGCCGUUAUGAGGCUCUAUUUUGUACUGAAGACAGCUGGCAUUACUAGAAAGACUCAUGAAAACUCGCUGUCGAAAUUAUGGGAGAAGGAAGGGGAUGACUGCCGAUGGGCUGCCUCCAUCCAUUAAAGAUAAUGCAGUGAAAGACAUCGAGAAAGGUGUAGAUUUGAUAGAAGAGGUUUCUGGCAAAGAUUCGCAGAUUUUGCACGAAACACGGUCGCAGAAACAGGCUUCAAAGAAACGACUUCACGAAGACCAUGCGGAAACAUUAACAAAGGACUCAAGUUUUGCUGUAGCAUCUGAAACCUCGAAUAAUUCAGUCGGUGUUGCGACAAGAAGUAGUACAAGACCUAGUAAAAGACCAAAAUUAACAAUUUGUGCAGCUAAUGGAGUUGUAAACCAAGAGAACAGUACUGGCAGUGAAGCAGUGGUGUCAUCAUCAUCUCCUCCACAGACAAACAGAAGAAAAAAGCAAGUUAAGAGGCAAUGGGAGUCUUGGGGGAAAGCAGAAAAAGACACUUUCUUUGAAGCUUUGCAUGAAUAUGGCAAGGACUUUGAUAAGAUCUGCCACUUCAUUGCAACAAAACACAAGAGAAGAGGAGACCCUCCUGCUCUUAUUAAAAACAAAGAUCAAGUGCGACAUUUCUAUUAUCGCUCCUUAAACAAGAUUGCUAAGUAUCUACCUGCUGAACAACUGAGUGGGAAUGACAACCAAAAGAAGAUGAUAAUUGAGUUGAAAGGUUUGAUUUGUUAUGGAGAACUACGCAAGAGAAUAUGUGGCUGGAACGACAAACAUGGCAAAAAGCUUGAAGAGCUGCUUAGCCAUGGAACAAUUUCUAUUCGCAGCAAAGGACGAAAUUUCAAAAUCAAAGCACCUGUUCAAUGUCGUGCUCUUAAACGGCUUACAUCCACAGGACAAGGCAAAGAGGAUGGUGACACCCAGUCCCUUGCUAUGCCAAAUAAACUUGUGGUAGAGCUCUUGCCACAUAACCAUUCGGCUUGGGCAGCUGUUCAAAAAUUGUCAAAGAACCCAAGGUUGAGAACUUCAGUGCCACCAAAGAAACCACUGAGUUUGAUGCUUCAUUUUCUUAUGAAGAAGUGGCAAGUUGUGUCCAGAAAGACUUUAGAACCAUUGAAAAUGUGUAUUGUUAUUCCUUCGGAAUUGUAUGUCAGCCCUGAUGUUGUAGACAAGCAAGCUGGCUCUCCAGCUUGCAAAGCAUUGUCAAGUGAUCUUUGCUUUCUAGAAAAUGCUGCUACCUCAGACAUCAUACCAGUGGAAGAUAUGGCAAAAGCAUGUUCACCUUCCUCGUUGGCAGAAGAGAAAUCUUCAGGGGCCAAUGUGCUUGGUUUGAAUGGAAUCUUGCAACAUGCUCCCCAAGAGAUGGCUAAGACUGGGUGCAAUUCUGCAUCCUUUGAGCCUGGCACACCAAGCAGCAGUUGUGCCAGUAAUCAUGGUCAAACUGAUAAAUCAGCAGAAGAAUCUUUGAAUGUGGAAGGUUCUUCACAAAGAUCUACUGAAACACCAAUGGAGUCUUGCUGUACUUCAGAGCCAGCUGAACAAGAUGAGAAUGGAUCUUGUAAUGACAAGAAUCAGCCCUCGUUUUGGACUUUAGGGACUUGUGGGAAUAUCACUUUCGGAGAAAUAUUUUGCAAACUUGGAAGGCCCCCAAAGUUAAAACUUGAGUAUACAUGGCAUGACAUUGAGAACAACCUUGCGCCAUCACAAACUGCUGUUUGUUUGACAAAACUUGUAGAUAUUGCAUCAGAAGAAUUUAAGAAAGGAAAAGAAAGGAGCGAGGAGCCCAAGACCACUUCAAAAUCUUCAGAUGCAUCACUCACUAAGAACUGUUUGCACUCAGCGACCAAAGAGAAAGGUGUUUCAUCCAGUGUCUCAAAAGAGAAAACUGGAUCUAAAUCUUCACGUCCUGUCACUAAGACAAGUGACAAACUACCCUUUAUCCUUCCCUCUGUGGUUCCUCCAGCCACACAAACAUCAAUGAACAAGACUAUUAUUUCUGAUCUUCGUCCGACUGCUAGAAUUCGUAAAAGACAACAGAGACCAAAUGUACAUAGAACUCUUUUACCACGACCAGUGGGUAGUCCAAGCUCUGUUCCCCCUGGAGCCGUAGCAGUUUCUUUUAUUCCACAACCAGGGCAAACAGUGGGUACCAUCCUCGCAUCUGGUGUUUCCACCUCAACAACUACAGGGACGACUCAAUCUAAGACAGUUGUUUCACCUAAAACACCACCAGAAACAUCAAUUGCUUCAGAACUGGCUGUUGUCCCAAGCCUUGUUGAUUCUCCAUCACCACGUGCAGUGGAUGAAAGUGGUUUUGCAAAUGCAAACUCUUCCGCCUUAGGUCUAGAAAUGUCAGGGUUUGAAGGCACAGACCUUCUUGCUGUUAUGGACCAUUUUGUUGGCAACACAAAAUCAUUAGUGGACAGCGUUGUGACCACAUCAAACUCUGUAGAUUCGAUUAUUGGUCUUGCACUUGGAACAGCAUUGGAUGACAAUGGGACAUCCCCAUCUAUUGCAGGAAUAAGUGAAGAUUCCAGUUCCGGUUUUCUAGCAUCUCUUCCCAGCAUAAAAACUUCAAACUUAGAAUUAGCAGCACAGACUGUUCAGAGAAUUGGUUCAAACACUGUGUUAACUGCCUCUGACGUGCAUAUUGAGGAACUUAAUUCUGGCGUAGCUGGUGUUGGGCCAGCAAGCAUGGCCAGUCCGACAUUGGAGAACAUUCUUAAUUCCACUGGUUCAACAGUACAGUCUCCAGUUUCAACAACAGGCGAUGUGUUUUUCAGUAGCGCAGGACCUAUUAGUAGCAUUGUAGAUUCACAGAGUCAACAAGAGGCUCUCAUUGGUAAAGAAAGCUUGGCUGUACCAUCUUUGAUGUUGUCCCCAAAUGCAGAUAGCGUACUACCGUCCUCCUUUCAGUCACAGUGGUUCAAUGGAGAGGUACAUGCAGUUAAUCAUCAAUUGCCAAUAUAACUUGCCAAUGAAUUUGAAACUUUUAUCACACCAUGAUUGGAUUUUUUGUGGGGAGUUUGUCUGAAUCUAGGGUCUUAGCCGCGAUUUUGACUUUAACAUUUGAAUAUUCUCACUACACUCAAAUCAUUUACCAGAACAUGUGUCUAUGUACUUGUCAGGCACACAUACAUGUACUGUCCAGGGUGCAAAGAAAACAAAUUUUCAAGCUUGGACUUUCCCUCACAAUACUUCUGUAAUUUAAAUUUCCAAGAACUUCACUUGUUGAUCUGGCAAGUGAUGUACAGAAUCCACAUGCCCAACUGGUAUUUCCAGUGGCCUUGAACUAUUGGACAGGACUUUCUUUGCACACUGCUAUCUAAGAAGCUACAAUUGAAUCUGUGAGACAAAAAUUGCUGUAAAAAUGAAGUUGUGCUGUGUAAAU